UUCUGCGUAAACGUCAUUUCAGUUCAGAGCUACGGAAAAGCACAAGACCGUGCGUAUUUUCGCAUCCUGAUACAUACAAGAAAAUAAAAUAUUAAUUAAGGCCCAAUUAAGCUCUUUAAAUGAAUGCAAUGUCGUGAUUCUCGAGCGCGACUUUUCGCAUUCCAUUGCAGUCCAACACAAGGGGAAAGUGGUCCGUGAACAUCACCCGUAACAGAUUCUCCAUCUUCCUCCGGCUGCGACCAACCUUCGUCCUGCACCUACCAAAAGAUUUCAGCUGGUCUGUACACUCAGUUCGACUACACCAACCACAAUCAUGACGGACUCGAAAUAUUUUACCACAAACAAAAAAGGGGAGAUCUUUGAGCUGAAGGCCGAGCUGAACAAUGAGAAGAAGGAGAAACGAAAGGAGGCUGUCAAAAAAGUCAUUGCUGCCAUGACGGUGGGCAAGGAUGUCAGCUCUUUGUUCCCGGAUGUGGUCAACUGCAUGCAGACCGACAACCUGGAGCUGAAGAAGUUGGUGUACCUCUACUUGAUGAACUAUGCCAAGAGCCAGCCGGACAUGGCCAUCAUGGCUGUCAACAGCUUUGUCAAGGACUGCGAGGACCCCAACCCGCUCAUCCGGGCCCUGGCCGUCCGCACCAUGGGCUGCAUCCGGGUGGACAAGAUCACAGAGUACCUGUGCGAGCCGCUGAGGAAAUGCCUGAAGGACGAGGACCCAUAUGUGAGGAAGACGGCAGCGGUGUGCGUCGCCAAACUUCACGACAUCAACGCCCAAAUGGUGGAGGACCAAGGGUUUUUGGAUUCUCUGAGAGAUCUCAUUGCUGAUUCCAAUCCCAUGGUCGUCGCCAAUGCGGUUGCCGCUCUGUCCGAGAUCAGCGAGUCGCACCCCAACAGCAACCUGCUGGACCUCAACCCCCAGAACAUCAACAAGCUGCUGACGGCCCUCAACGAGUGCACCGAGUGGGGCCAGAUCUUCAUCCUCGACUGCUUGUCCAACUACAACCCCAAAGACGAACGUGAGGCCCAAAGUAUUUGCGAGCGCGUCACGCCCAGGUUGUCACAUGCCAACUCCGCAGUAGUCCUCUCCGCCGUCAAGGUACUGAUGAAGUUCUUGGAGUUGCUGCCAAAAGACUCAGACUACUACAACACCCUGCUGAAGAAGCUCUCACCGCCGCUCGUCACCUUGCUCUCCGGCGAGCCCGAAGUCCAGUACGUGGCGCUGAGGAACAUCAACCUCAUAGUCCAGAAAAGGCCUGAGAUCCUCAAACAGGAAAUUAAAGUCUUCUUCGUCAAAUACAACGAUCCUAUAUAUGUGAAGUUGGAGAAACUGGACAUCAUGAUCCGCUUGGCUUCACAGGCAAACAUCGCUCAGGUCCUGGCUGAGUUGAAAGAGUAUGCCACGGAGGUGGACGUUGACUUCGUGCGCAAGGCUGUGCGCGCCAUUGGCCGUUGUGCCAUUAAAGUGGAGCAAUCGGCGGAGCGCUGCGUCAGCACCCUGCUGGACCUCAUUCAGACCAAAGUCAACUACGUGGUGCAGGAGGCCAUUGUGGUCAUCAGAGACAUCUUCCGCAAGUACCCCAACAAGUACGAAAGCAUCAUUGCUACCCUGUGUGAGAAUCUGGACUCUCUAGAUGAGCCCGACGCUCGCGCCGCCAUGAUCUGGAUCGUCGGCGAGUACGCAGAGAGGAUCGACAAUGCCGAUGAGCUGCUUGAGAGCUUCCUUGAGGGCUUCCACGAUGAGAGCACCCAGGUCCAGCUCACUCUGCUGACCGCCAUCGUCAAGCUCUUCCUGAAGAAGCCAUCUGAGACUCAGGAGUUGGUGCAGCAGGUCCUCAGCCUGGCCACUCAGGACUCUGACAACCCAGAUCUGCGUGACAGGGGAUACAUCUAUUGGCGCCUGCUGUCCACGGACCCAGUGACCGCCAAGGAAGUGGUGCUGUCCGAGAAGCCCCUCAUCUCCGAGGAGACUGAUCUGAUCGAGCCCACCCUGCUGGACGAGCUCAUCUGCCACAUCGGUUCUCUGGCGUCUGUCUAUCACAAACCACCAAGCGCCUUUGUGGAGGGCAGCCACGGAAUCCACCGCAAGCACCUCCCUGUCCAGCAUAGCAGCAUUGACACAGGGGAGAGUCCGGUGAGCGGCGGGCCAGCCGCCGCCAUGGACCAGCCGCACGUCAUCCCCAGCCAGGGCGAUCUGCUGGGCGACCUUCUCAACCUCGACCUGGGCCCUCCGGUCAACGUGCCCCAGGUCUCCUCCAUGCAGAUGGGUGCCGUGGACCUCCUGGGAGGCGGUCUGGACAGCUUGCUGGGGGGAGACCUGGGCGGCGGUGUUGGGGGAAGUCCAGCUGUGGGCCAGAACUUCAUCCCGUCGUCUGUCCCGAGCGCUUUCGCUCCUUCACCCACUCCUGCACCUCCGGCCGUCAGCAGCAGCGGCCUCAACGACUUAUUUGAGCUCUCUACAGGCAUGGCAAUCGCAUCCGGAGGACACGUGGCCCCGAAAGCUGUGUGGUUGCCCGCGGUUAAAGCCAAGGGACUGGAGAUCUCCGGAACCUUCUCCCGGCGCCAGGGCCACAUGUACAUGGACAUGACCUUCACCAACAAAGCCCUGCAACACAUGACUGACUUUGCCAUCCAGUUCAACAAGAACAGCUUUGGGAUGAUUCCCACCAGCCCGCUGCCCAUUCACACUCCACUGAUGCCGAGCCAAGGCAUCGACGUCUCUUUACCCAUUAACACCAUUGGGCCAGUUAUGAAAAUGGACCCUCUAAACAAUCUCCAGGUGGCCGUGAAGAACAAUAUAGAUGUCUUCUACUACAGCGUCCUCAUCCCGCUCAACAUAUUCUUUGUUGAAGAUGGAAAAAUGGAGCGGCAAGUUUUUCUUGCCACCUGGAAAGACAUUCCCAAUGAAAAUGAGCUGCAGUACCAGAUAAAGGAGUGCCACCUAAAUGCAGACACGGUGUCGGGCAAACUGCAGAACAACAACAUAUACACCAUUGCUAAGCGGAACGUGGAGGGUCAGGAUAUGCUCUACCAAUCCCUUAAACUCACCAACGGCAUCUGGAUCCUGGCCGAGCUGCGCAUCCAGCCCGGCAACCCCAACUACACGCUGUCCCUCAAGUGUCGGGCUCCUGAAGUCUCUCAGUACGUGUACCAGACGUACGACGCCGUGCUGAAGAACUGAGCCAGUUGGCUUCACUUCCGCCAUCCAACGGCAGUGUAACAUACCUGGUCGAAAUGGUGACCUCCCGGUAGAUCAAAAAAUAUUGUUAAAUGUUAUAUAGUUGUUUAUGCAGGUGUGAAGUCAUUGUGUUCACGGUUACAACAAAACAUUCACGACUUAACAGCUUCUUUCUCAAUAAUUUUAAAUGAGGAAAAAAAAGGUUAUUUUGGCAGAUAUUUGUUAAUCAUUCCAUUCUUAAACAUCUUAAUGUUGUGACCAAUCUCAAUAGAGAAAUUCCUUUUCCCCUAAACAUACAUCAAGGCCUAUUUAAUUUUUUUUAUACAACCCAUUUAAAAUAAUGUUCAAACUCAAGAUAUAUAAUACCACUCCAUCUUUGUCACUUCAGCUAUUUUUUUUUUUUUGGAUGAGUUAGCAUUUCCCGUUAAGAUGGUGUUGGAGUUCAUGACCAAAUUAUUAGAGUGCUGUCACUCUAAAACUAAAUAUAAUGGAACCUUUUAGUGCACAAUUACAACUGUAAAUUUAAAUUUGGUUACUCACCAAAAGUUGCGAGCCAGUUUUCGUCAUCUUAUUAUUGGACACGCACAUAAAUGCCAUAUACUGUUCAUCUACCUCCUUUAGCCUUUUGGUUUGAGUGCUUUCCAUGAAUUCUUCAUUGUCUUGGCUGUUGUCGAGCCACCUCUCAUCCUUUUGCACCUCAAUCCAAACUUGCAGGACCAAGCAUGUAAGAUGCUAGUUUUCAUUGUUUUAUUCUGACUAUUGCUUACCGCUUGUGACCCUCAAUGGUUGGCGCUUCGGGCGGCAACGGCCAAGGGGGCUUGUGUAGAUUAGCGAAGAUGUCGUUUGCGUCAGUAUAAACGGCCUACCGUGGCAUUACCCUUUACGUGAUAAUACAUUGAAGCCGAAUUCGAAUAGAAACGGCUGUGUGAGUGUAUCAUUUGUGUUUGUGAGUUUAUGUCAAUGUACACUUUGGACCCCUUGUGGAUUUUCUCUGGAUUUCUGUAUUUUUAUGCACAGUAAGCUGCACUCCAAUAAACGCGUUAAAGAAUUGUCAGCCAUGAAAGUGAGACUAGUUCAUACGUUUUUCGCUGGAACAUAAAUGUUAUUGCACCACUUCCGAUAUCAAUAAAAUUUCAACACCAUGCGUACUG